AUGAGACAAAACUUUAAACGAAGACUUAGAACUAGGUCGUCAAAGCAAACCUGCGAGGAAAAGUUCUGUUGUCCUUUCAUUGAUACGGAGGCAAAGUAUUAUUGUCAGGACUGUAAGACAGCACAGUGUCAGGCUUGUGAAAGCAGCCUUCAUAAGACAAAAGUAAAAUAUGAUUUCCACUGCCGGAAACCGAUAGCUGUCGUUUCAGAGAGCAGUUUGUGCCAGGCUAAAAAGGUAAAUCUUGUAUGCCAAGAGAGGAACUAUCCUGAUCUAUGGUGUGAGCAGUGCCAAGUUGGACUUUGUUUUACCUGCUACGACACGUAUCAUGCAUCAGACAAGCGGCGACAACACAUCAACGUUUCAAUAGCCCAUCAUUUGAAAAAACAGCAAAAGGAAAAACAGGAACAAGCUGAGAUUCAAUUAUUUGAUUCCUCAGAGUUUUACCAGGAUGCAGUUACUGAUAUAAACCCCCAAACUCCCUUUUCUUUAGCAACAGAAAAUAAUUCAGUAACGUUCUUUUCAUUCCCCCAAGAACUUAAUUCAGAAGAUGACCUACAGUUUGCCUCAGUCACAACAAGUUUUCACGAGGAUCACAAUAAUACAACCAGUCCGGAACUCAGUCAGGGAGCAGCAGCCUGUUCUGAUCUGCCAGCACAAGUUGACCAUGAAAGUGUUGCUGCUGCCCAGGAACAACCAAACAGCUUUCUGUUGAUAGACCACCAGGGUGCAUUGAAGGUGAUGACCAAGGAUGACUUUAUAGACAAGCUUGGCUGUGACAGAAAUGAUACAUUCAAAGUAGUGUCCGUAUUUGGCAGUUCUGCAAAUAGAAAGCUCCACACCAUAAAUCACAUGUUCUUCAGAGGUCUGGAUGUGUUCAAAACCUCAACCUGCAUCACAGGAGUCUGCUGUUCCGCAGAUAAGCAGCACAAACUAAUUGUCAUGGACACAAAAGGUCUGUUGGAUUCAGUAGCACAGAAGAACAACAACAAGCAGCUGUUGCUGAAAGUCCUUGCUGUGUCUGAUGUUGUCAUAUAUCAUACAAGAGAUGAACAUUUACCUGGAGACAUGGUUGGGUGCCUUCAUGACAUUUCCAAAGCCUACCUGCAGCAUUUUCAGCAAGAGCUUCAGUCCGCAUCAAAACAGUUUGGAAUUUCAGAAUCAGACAUGGGACCAUCAUUAGUUGUGUUUCAUGAGACUGCCAACACCGAUGCCCUUGAUAACACAGGUGUACUCACUGAAGGAACUCUAAGAGAGAUGAUCAAACCCAACUGUCCAUUGGAGGCUUUUUCUAAAAUAUGUUACGUUGGCACGAAGACAAUUACAUCGCCAGAAGAGUUGGGUCAGCUGGAGCAUUCAGUCAUUGCUGAGACUGAAGAUAUGUCUGUCAGGGCUUCCCGUAGACCAGAAGUCAUCUUCCGUUCACUGAAGGCCCUAGAUGAAAAGUUCAGUCAGAAGAUGGAGACUUUACAUCCGGACAUAUUUACUGACCACCAUUUUUCCUGCAGGAGCAGAUGUCUUGCAUGCAAAGCUGGCUGUAUCCUGAGUGUGAACCAUCAUUCUAGCACAGAGUCACAUGAUGCAGGCAGAGACAGACAGUGUGAAUACCAGAGUGGAUAUGGAAACAAGGUGUUCUUGUGCAAGAUGUGUAUGCGAAAAAAUAAACGAGUUGUGGUUGUGCCGAAGACAUCAUCAUCAAGUGACACAGCAUGGAUGGGUCUAACAAAGUAUAUAUGGUCAGGGUAUGUGUAUGAAUGUGAGAACUGUGGGGUCAUACACAGAAGUCGAGAACACUGGUAUGGCAACGAGGAUGAAGAGAAAGUCUUGCAAGUGGAAUGCAGACAUAUAUGGCCACAGGGACCUAUUGCUUUUGAUGGAACACACAACGCAGCCCGGAAAGUCCUAGAAGGGUUCCACUAUGUGGCAGACACAGUCAGCAGUGUCGGAGCUGGUCCUGCUAAAUACUUGGCAGAGUGGACGGCAGAUAAAAUCAACCCGUCUUAUUGGAUGCCAAAUUCUGAGAUCAUUAAAUGCUCCAAGUGUCAGAUGUUUUUUGACAGCACCGAGCAGAAGCACCACUGCCGAGCAUGUGGCAAGGGCUUCUGUGCCGACUGCUCCUCCAAGAAACGUCCAGUACCAGAAAGAGGCUGGGGCUCUGAGCCCGUCCGUGUUUGUGAUGCAUGUUAUGCAAAUCCUGAUACAGGUACAGAUGUAGAAUCCGUUUCAGAGACAGACUCUGGUGUGGCAGUGGAGCCAGCAGACUUGACAGCAAGAAGAGUUGGGGAGGCAGUCAGCUCAACAUUUAGUGCUGUCGUUUCAGCUUUGGACUACUCUAUAGGCAUGAUAAAAAAUUCAGCCAAGCCUGCAUACUGGGUUCCAGAUGAGGAGACCACAGAGUGCUGCGUCUGCCAGAACAAAUUUGGCCCACGACUUCCCAUUCACCACUGCAGGGCUUGCGGCCAGGGCGUCUGCAAGAACUGUUCUCCCAACAAGCGCAGUGUUCCUCUCAGGGGCUGGGACUAUCCUGUUCGAGUAUGUCUGAAUUGUGAACAGAAGGAGCUCAAGAUAUGA